CCGGCUGAGGGAACACACGGAGGUAAAGAGGGUUUGGGGGAGCACAGCGCAGCAGGAUGACCCGCCUUUUCGUCUGUCCCCGCAGCGGCAGCAGUAGCGCCGCCCGCCCCGCGGCUGCGGCACUGAUGCGCUGUCCGUGGUGCUGACGCCGGGCCGCCCGCUGGAUCGGGAGGGGGAGGAGACGCCCUCAUUUCUCAAUCCCAGAGCCCAGACAUCCCACUCGCUCUCAAGCGGGAUCAUUUUCCCAAAGGAACUCUCCGAGAGCUGGCGCUGCGGGAGGACCCAGGGAGAAAGGAGUAAUGGGGAACUUAAACUUUGGACUGGAACCCGAGAACCUGGUGUUGGGGUAUUCGCGUCGUGAGGCCCCCAAUCACUAAGACCGCAGCGCGCUAUCAAGUUGGGCAAAGUUUGGCGGCAGCUUAGAGAUAAGCGAGGGAUGAAAAGCAGGGGAGGAUGGGACGGCGUCCUCCGGUGGAGUGGUAGCCAGCACCGCAGUCGGACACCUGCUUCAGUGGCCCGCAUUAGUGUCUCCAAAACCACCGGGAGGCGUUGCAGCAACCCAACAUCCCAUCCUUUCCCUCCCUUCCUAAUUCCCCCCUCCCAAACACCCCGCCCCAGGCGCCGGUGACUCCGCCUCUCAGAGCCGGGCGACUCUCCUGCAGGAGCUAGAAAGAGAGCGCUUCCUGGGACUCGGUUGGGUUCUCAGACUCUGAAGCCGACGCCGCCAGCUCAGACCUGGAGGCGGGAGCUGGACUGCCCGCUCAGCCUGGGCCUGGGAGCCGCCCAGCCGGGAACGCCUCAUGGGACGCCCCCAGGGGCUCUCCUUGAGCCCUGCUGUGGCGACCCAGUCCUAGGCGCCCGGACUCCACAGUCCACCCCGCCCGCAGUCCGCGGCCUGUCUGGAGAGGAGUAUGAGGCCCGGAGCCCCGCGGACGCCGGCCAAAGGGCGGCAGGGGCCUAGCUUCAGACCCCCGCGCUCGGGAGCGGUGGGUGAGAAGCCGCGGGAACCCGUGAGGCGUCGGGGCGCAGAGAGGAGCCCCCAAACCCCGGCGCCCGAAGGGCCGCGUGACCCCUGUGCAGCCUGAGCGCAGAGAACCAGGCGGAGGCGCCCCGCCGUCCGGGCUCUGGGGAAGCUGCGAGGGGCUCAGCGGCGGCCCCCGGUCUCUGCCCACCAUCCUGACGCUUCUGCUCCCGCAGUGGGGGAUGUCGCGGCCCGGGCUCCGAGCGCCGCCCCGGCCCCGGGGCUGAGCUCCGGACCAUGUCCUCCCGUAGUCCCCGGCCCCCGCCCCGCCGCUGCCGCCGCCGCCUGCCGCGCCCCUCCUGCUGCUGUUGCUGUUGCCGCCGUUCGCACCUCAACGAGGACACUGGCCGCUUCGUGUUGCUGGCGGCGCUCAUCGGCCUCUACCUAGUGGCGGGCGCCACAGUCUUUUCCGCGCUGGAGAGCCCGGGAGAGGCGGAGGCGCGGGCGCGCUGGGGCGCCACGCUGCGCAACUUCAGCGCGGCGCACGGCGUGGCAGAGCCGGAACUGCGCGCCUUUCUUCGGCACUACGAAGCGGCUCUGGCGGCAGGCGUCCGAGCAGACGCGCUACGCCCGCGCUGGGACUUUCCCGGCGCCUUCUACUUCGUGGGCACAGUGGUAUCCACCAUAGGUUUUGGCAUGACCACCCCAGCAACCGUGGGCGGGAAGGCCUUCCUCAUCGCCUAUGGACUGUUCGGCUGCGCUGGGACCAUCCUGUUCUUUAACCUCUUCCUGGAGCGCAUCAUCUCGCUGCUGGCCUUCAUCAUGCGCGCCUGCCGGGAACGCCAGCUGCGCCGCAGUGGCCUGCUGCCCGCCACCUUCCGCCCGGGCUCGGCGCUGUCCGAGGCCGACUGCUUGGCCGGCUGGAAGCCCUCCGUGUACCACGUGCUGCUGAUCCUGGGCCUGUUCGCUGUGCUGCUGUCGUGCUGCGCCUCCGCCAUGUACACGAGCGUGGAGGGAUGGGACUACGUAGACUCGCUCUACUUCUGCUUCGUUACCUUCAGCACCAUCGGCUUCGGGGACCUGGUAAGCAGCCAGCACGCCGCCUACCGGAACCAGGGGCUCUACCGCCUGGGCAACUUCCUCUUCAUCCUGCUCGGCGUGUGCUGCAUCUACUCGCUCUUCAAUGUCAUCUCCAUCCUCAUCAAGCAGGUGCUCAACUGGAUGCUGCGGAAGCUGAGUUGCCGCUGCUGCGCGCACUGCUGCCCGGCGCCAGGCGCGCCCCUGGCCCGGCGCAACGCCAUCACCCCGGGCUCCCGGCUGCGCCGCCGCCUGGCCGUGCUGGGCGCCGACCCCGCUGCCCGCGACAGCGACGCCGAGGGCCGCCGCCUGUCGGGCGAGCUCAUCUCCAUGCGCGACCUCACGGCCUCCAACAAGGUGUCGUUGGCGCUGCUGCAGAAGCAGCUGUCGGAGACCGCCAACGGCUACCCGCGCAGCGUGUGCGUCAACACGCGCCAGAACGGCUUCUCGGGUGGCGUGGGCGCGCUGGGCAUCAUGAACAACCGCCUGGCGGAGACCAGCGCCUCCAGGUAGACCACCUGCCCGGCGCCCCGCAGCGCCAGGGCCCCGCAGCAGGCUGGUGCCGCUGGGCGUGGUUUGCUUUCCUUCUCUCCGACGCUGGCGCUUUCUUAAUCUUUAUCCAAUAAAAUGAAGCCAAAAAAAAAAAAUCCUUUU